CAUGUGACAUUUGGGAGCCGUUGGAAAGGCGACAAACAGAUAAGUGAAGGAGGAGGAAUUUCUCACACUAACCAGCCCGCCAAAACCACUGAAGAAAAAAGACAAAAAAGAAGGAAACACUGCAGGAGAAGAAGAAAAGGAAGACAUAACCGUGAGCUCAGAGAGUGGCAGAAUGGCAGAAGAGGAUACUGUGAGCUUUGACCCCGAGCUUCUGUCUGAGUUAGAGGAGAAGGCCGCUUCUCGCUACACAGAGGAUGAUGCUGACUUCAUAGCACACUUCAACAAGGGAAUGGCAAAACCACCGAUAUUGCCGGCAGAGAGAUUUGACCGCAACCGGCAACGCAGAGGCAACUUCCGACACCAAGACCAGCGUCGGGAAGGGCAUUACAGGGACCAGCGGAGGGACUACCAUGACCGCCGACAAGGGAACUUCGGGGGUAACUCCAGAAAUUACCAUGACGACAGACGGGAUGAUAGGCGAGACUACAGACCCGAGCGAAGGAGUGAUGAGUACCAUAAGAGGGAUCAUGACAGUGAAAAAUAUUCGUCCGAGAAAGAAGUGGAAAUGGAGGAAGAAAUGGAGGGAAAGGAAGACGAGGAGAAUGCUAGACGUGAUGAAGAAGCAGAGCAGCAGGAGGUGGAGGAGAAGGAGGAAGAGGGAAUGAAUGGCAACAUGGACCAGACCCCAAUCAAUAAGACAGCAUCGAGGAAGAGAGACAGAGAAGGAGAGGACUCAGCAGACGAGUGUUCUGUGGGGAAGAUGGAGGAGGAGGGGGGUGACAUGCUUAACCCAAGUAUGGCAAGCCAGGGGAAGGGUGAAGCAGCUCCCAACCCCACCAGUCAGGCCAAGAGGUCUUACCCCUCACCAAGGAAGCAGAAGGGAGAACGGACCACUCUCCACCAAAUAAGUGAUGAAAGUAGUGAAGAGGAGGAACAGAAUGACCCUACUGCUGCUAAUCCUACGUCAGGCCCUUCCUCACCUCACAACCCAGUAUGCAUUCAAAUGAGUGAAUCGGAGGAGGAUUUGGAGGAGGAGGAGGAGAGGGGUUUAGGAAGAGCCACUGAACCACCAUCCUCUGCUGCUCCUGCCUCCUCUUCCCCACUCCCCCAGACAGACAACCCUUCUCCUGCAGCCCCCAGACCUUCCUGUCCGUAUGGUGCAAGAUGUUACAGGAAGAACUCACUCCACAAGCAGAGUGAGGCACACCCCGGGGACGACGACUACCAAUCCCCCAGCCAGUCCCCGAGCCAUUCCCCCAGCAGUGACGACUCUCAGCCUGAGUGUGAGUACGGGGUGAACUGUUACCGCCAGAACCCUCAACAUCGCAGGAAGUACAAGCACACCAGAGUACCCCAGCCACGGCGCAGAGCAAAGGGCAAAGCAAGGCAGAAGAUGGGAACACAAGCAGGAAGAGGUGGCGGCGGUGGUGAUGACGACGAUGAGGAUGACUAUGACUUGGAUGAUCCCUUCCUCAAUGACAGCAGCUCGGAUGACUAUGCCCCCACGGAUGACUCGUCUGAUUCGGGUACAGAACUCAGCCAAGAAACGCAGGAGGAGGAUGACACAAAGAGGAUGCUGAAAGAGGCAAAGAAAUUUAUGAAGAAGAGGAAGUAAGAAUGAGGAUGGUAAAAGAAGGGUGCUCAUCUGUGGUGGGAAGGAACCCGAGGAACACAGCCCUGGCCAUUUAGACAUGUGGGAUACCAGUUUAUCUUUCCCUGGUUUCCCCAAGUGCCCUUUUAUUGACCCGUUCAAAUGGGAGGAUGAACAGCUGGGUGGGUGGUGCGACGUGUGCCCAAGCUAAGAUCAAACCCAGGUCACCCGCCACACUAAGGAGGCAUUCGUUUUGCAAUGUACAUCCUCAUAUAUUUGUGCCUUACUCUCAUGCAGUAUAUUUAGCCAUAAUACACUCCAGGUCCACAGCCAAGACCAAAGUUGCCAUCCAAUACAAUCAGUUCAACAAAAAAUAUAACAAAAUCAUAAUAUAAAAAUUAUAAAUAUAAACAAUAGAAAAUUAGACUAU